AUGUCUUUAUAUCAAAGGAAGCGAAGGGUGACCAUCGUGGAGGAUGAAGAUUGGGGUGACGACGUUUCGAUAAUUCCAAGCAAUGACAAAGCAUCCGUAGGAACGAUCAUUUUGAAAAUUUGUCUUGGUCUCAUUUUCAUCGGUUCUGCAACUGGUGCCAUUGUUUACUCAGUGAUCAAUUCGGAGGAAAGCCAACGCCAACCAGCUGAUCAAAAUGCAACUCUCUAUUUUCCAUACAAUAUCGACCAACAAUGUUUCAAUGGAACUCUCACAAUGAUGUACAGGAAAGGCUUACAAAAUGGUCAGCAGCAGUACACGUACACAUCAUACGGCACUGAUUGGGUCCAGGAUGCGACCAAAAAGCGACUUUAUCAUCGCGUUGGCCUCACAACUACCGAUUGGCAAUAUUCCUACUAUGUUUUCGACAAUCUAACAUUUUUUCAAACAAAGGUGCGAUGUACGAAAAUGGAUCAGGGCUACGAUGAAUUCAUUGAGAGCAUGGGUCUCACCUACAUAAGGAAGCAACGAGACGAGCAAGUAUCUCUUAAUGGUCAUUACAAGGAGGUGAUUGUCUAUGAAGGCGAACCACCAGACGACGUGAACAUAAAUGGUAAACAUCCAUCGCUGAUUCGAGGCUAUUCCUCUGAGCAAAGAAAUGUGACAUACGGAUGGGAGCUUUAUUUUCCGCACAGUGCGAACUUUUCGCUUUACAAACAGGAGUACUGGUAUCCAUCGAUGAAGAGUGUAAAGCCAAAUUGGGAUAUUUUCAACGACAUUCCCAAUUCGUGUCUUCAAUCAUAA